UUUCGCGCCAUUCUCAAUUCUUACAAACCGUCUAACUUGUGAUUAUAAAUUUAUUUCUCAUUAAUUUAACAUACCUAAUCAUGGAAGGAUUCGAUGAUCCUGGUGUAUUUUUUUCUGAUAAUUUUGGUUUAGAUGAUCAUGAAUCCCAAGAUCAAAUUAACCUACAAGCAGUUAAGAAAAAAUUCAAAGAGUUUAUUCGCCAAUUUCAUACAGGAAAUUUUAACUUUAAAUACAGAGAUGCGUUAAAACGUAAUUACAACUUACAACAAUACUGGGUUGAAAUUAACAUUGAAGAUUUGUCUAGCUUCGAUGAAGUAUUAGCGGAGAAAUUGUAUAAAAAACCAACAGAACAUUUACCUAUUUUAGAAGAAGCUGCUAAAGAGUUAGCUGAUGAGCUGACCGCACCGAGACCAGAAGGUGAAGAGAAAGUGGAGGAUAUACAGGUGUUGCUACUAUCAGAUGCUCACGCUUCUAACUUGAGAGAACUUAAGUCCGAAACAGUCUCAAGACUUGUCAAGAUACCUGGAAUAGUAAUCUCAGCAUCUAGCAUAAAGGCAAAAGCUACUAAAAUAUCAAUUCAGUGCAGAUCUUGCCGUAAUGUUAUACCCAAUCUGCCUGUAAAGCCAGGCUUAGAAGGCUAUGUAAUGCCUAGGAAAUGCAACACAGAACAAGCAGGAAGACCAAAAUGUCCAUUGGAUCCAUAUUUCAUUAUACCAGACAAGUGUAAAUGUAUUGAUUAUCAGGUAUUGAAACUCCAAGAAGCCCCAGAAAUGAUUCCACAAGGAGAGAUGCCUCGUCACUUGACUGUGUACUGCGAGCGCAUCCUCUGUGAGCGAGUAGCUCCCGGCGCACGAGUCACAGUGCUGGGGAUAUAUUCCAUCAAAAAGAUUUCCAAAUUGGGGAGAGAAGGUAAAGAGAAGGGAUCAGUAGGUGUGCGAUCUUCCUACCUCCGUGCAGUAGGACUUACAGCAGAAGAGGGAGUCACUGGUGGACUUCAACCUUUCACUGCUGAAGAAGAAGAACAAUUUAGGAGAUUAGCAGCGGCCCCAGACGUUUAUGAUAGAAUUGCGAAAUCUAUAGCCCCUAGUGUUUUUGGUGCCACUGAUAUGAAGAAAGCUAUAGCCUGUUUAUUAUUUGGAGGUUCACGCAAGCGACUACCAGAUGGUCUCACCAGACGAGGGGACAUCAACAUUUUACUACUAGGAGACCCUGGAACAGCCAAAUCGCAGUUGCUAAAGUUUGUAGAAAAGGUAGCCCCUGUAGGAGUGUAUACUUCAGGUAAAGGCUCUAGUGCAGCUGGUCUAACUGCCUCCGUCAUAAGGGACCCUGGAAGUCGUAACUUUGUAAUGGAAGGGGGUGCAAUGGUGUUGGCUGAUGGUGGUGUUGUGUGCAUCGAUGAGUUUGAUAAGAUGCGCGAGGACGACCGGGUCGCCAUACACGAGGCCAUGGAGCAGCAGACUAUUUCCAUUGCUAAGGCUGGUAUAACGACUACGUUAAACUCUCGCUGCUCCGUCCUGGCCGCGGCGAACUCUGUAUUCGGUCGAUGGGAUGACACAAAAGCUGAAGACAACAUAGAUUUUAUGCCGACUAUAUUAUCGAGAUUCGAUAUGAUAUUCAUCGUUAAGGAUGAACACGAUCAAAACAGAGAUAUCACGCUGGCGAAGCACAUAAUCUCGGUGCACAUGGGCGGCGCGAGCGCCGAGCGCGCGGCGGCGGCGGGCGAGCUGCCGCUGCCGCUGCUGCGCCGCUACGCCGCGUACUGCCGCGCGCGCUGCGGGCCGCGCCUGUCCGCCGCCGCCGCCGAGCGCCUGGGCGCGCGCUACGUGCUCAUGCGCUCCGGCGCCUCGCUGCAGGAGCGCCAGACCGACAAGCGCCUCGCCAUUCCCAUCACUGUCCGCCAACUUGAAGCCAUUAUUCGAAUCUCCGAGUCUUUGGCAAAAAUGCAGCUACAGCCUUUUGCAACAGAAUCUCAUGUGACAGAGUCUCUACGUUUAUUCCAAGUAUCUACACUGGACGCAGCAAUGACUGGCAGUUUAGCUGGUGCGGAGGGUUUUACGACUGAGGAAGACCACGAAAUGCUCUCACGUGUAGAGAAACAAUUGAAGCGCAGGUUCGCAGUCGGGUCACAGGUGUCUGAACAAACUAUCAUCCAAGACUUCCUGCGACAGAAGUACCCUGAAAGAGCCAUCAUCAAAGUGAUUCACACUAUGAUAAGGCGAGGCGAGUUGCAGCACCGCCUACAGAGAAAAAUGCUUUACAGACUUUCAUAAGUGUAUUAUUAUAUUUUGUUAAGUGAUAUUUGUAUUUUCUAAGGAUUUUUUUUAU